ACAGAGCUGCAUCCCCCUCUACCACUCUUUGGAGACUCACUCUAGCAACUCCUCGGCACUACAGCAGCUCUGUACAGGCAUUUUCAGUGCUUCUGGGGGACACACCAAUAAAAAAAUUAAAGAUUUGUAGCUGUUUGUUCACAUGUGUCCAGGGGGAGAUGAAGUACAUUGGAUCCUGCAUAGUUUGGCUUUGUAUGGCAGUCUUCCUCCUUCCUGCUUCUACUUCUCUGGCUGUCAGUGACCACACAGGUGCUGUGUGUCCUUUAAUGAAAACUGUUUCCCGUCAUCUCAAACAAAUCAACAGAGACAGUCGUGGUGUGUCAGGGUUUGAUCUGGCAGAAAGCUUUUCUUUAAGGCAAACAUCUUGUGGUGGGGAAAAGAUCUGCUUUAAACUGGGAAGUGCACCUCUCAUUAGAGAUACAAGGCAGGUAUUUCCAAAUGGGCUUCCUGAAGAAUACUCUCUGGUUGCUACGUUCCGUGUACGGCGAAAUACCAAGAAAGAGCGUUGGUAUAUAUGGCAAGUUUUAAAUCAGUAUGACACACCUGAGAUCUCUGUCCUCCUGGAUGGUACAAAAAAGGUGGUGGAGUAUAUGACCAAAUCCUCUCAGGGAAAUAUACUGCACUACACUUUUAAGAGUCGAGAAAUUUAUCCAUUGUUUGAUCGGCAGUGGCAUAAGCUUGGUAUUAGCGUGCAGUCAGGGAUCAUUUCCCUCUAUUUGGAUUGUAAUUUAAUUGAGAGAAAGCAGACUGAUGAAAAAUUCACCAUUGACUUGCAGGGAAGGACACUGAUUGCUUCUCGUGCUGCGGAUGAUAAGCCUGUAGAUAUUGAACUUCACCACAUAGCAGUUUAUUGUAAUUCACAACUUGCAGUAGAAGAUACAUGUUGUGAAAUAUCUGCAGACUUGUGCUCACAUGAGGAGAGGUUACUGGCUACGACUUCAUCACCAGUGACUGCUCAUGCCAGCAAAAUAUACACACUUCCAGGGAUGCAGCAAGAAUCUACACAGAGAUGCUACUGCUUUCCAAAUAAAGGAGAAGCAGGAUUACCGGGAGUAGCUGGUUUGCCAGGCCACAAAGGAGAGAAAGGUGAAAAGGGAGAGAUGGGUGUGAAAGGCCCAGACGGUGUUGCAGGUCUGCCUGGUGAAAAGGGUGAACGUGGCUUUCCAGGUAGUAAAGGUGAAGAAGGUGAAAAGGGUGAAAAAGGAGAUAAAGGAGAACCAGGACCAGAAGGCCUUCCUGGAGCAGAGGGACUGAAAGGUGACCCUGGUAGUCCUGGUGUGGCGGGUCCCAAAGGAGAAAAGGGAGAUGCAGGACCUCCAGGACCAGCUGCCUUGAGUGGUUUGCUGGAGGGUCCCCAAGGUCCACCUGGCAAAGAAGGUCAGAGGGGCAGACGAGGCAAACCAGGCCUUCCAGGAAAACCAGGGCCACCAGGACCUCCUGGCCCAUCUGGACUAAAAGGAAUCCUGGACUCAUUGAACAAGCAUUAUAAUGAGAGUGACACAAGACUACUGGGAAUACUCGGGACCCCUGGACUUAAAGGCCAGAAAGGAGACAUUGGUCAAAAAGGAGAAUUGGGAAUGACUGGUGCAAAAGGAGAAAAGGGAGAGCCUUCUGAAAAAGGGGACAAAGGAGACCCAGGAGAGACUGGAAUGGAGGGAUCAAAAGGAAAUAAGGGUGAAAUGGGAGAUCCUGGACCACCUGGUCUUAUUGGAAAUCCAGGAUCAAAGGGACUGCAAGGCCCUCCAGGACCUGUUGGACCCAGGGGACUGCCAGGAGAAGCUGGCUUACCAGGAGAUCCUGGGGUACCAGGAAACCCAGGAAUUAAAGGAGACAAGGGUGACCCUGGUGGGAUUAUGGGACCACCUGGACAUCCAGGUCCAAAAGGUGAUAUGGGGCCUCCUGGACCAAGUCUGCCUGGAACACCAGGUCCCACUGGUGUUCCUGGAAACCCAGGUCCAAGGGGUCCAAAGGGAGAAAGAGGACUACCUGGUGUACAGGGAGCACCUGGGGAGAUGGGGCCCCCUGGAAUAGGCAUUCAGGGAUCACCAGGUCCUAUAGGUCCAACUGGAUCAGCAGGUGUGCAGGGCCCUAGGGGACCUCCAGGAUUACCAGGAGCUCCAGGUUCCCCUGGUAUUAAUGGCACUCCAGGAAGAGAUGGAAAGCCAGGACUACCAGGCCCUCCAGGUGAUCCUGUUGCACUUCCACUUGUGGGAGACAUGGGUGCUAUACUGAAGGGUGAUCCUGGCACAAGAGGUCCUCCAGGCAUUCCUGGCAGAGAAGGACCAAAAGGAAGCAAAGGUGAACGUGGAUUUCCUGGGCUUGUGGGGGAAAAGGGCGAUGAGGGUCUCCAAGGUGCUCCUGGACUGCCGGGUGUGUCAGGACCCAGUGGCCCAUCCGGAGUCCCAGGAAGACCUGGACAUCCUGGUCCAGCUGGAGCAAAAGGAGAAAAGGGUAGUGAAGGUUCUCCUGGGAAACCUGGACCACCUGGGCCUCCGGGUAUGCCUUACAAUGAAAGAAAUGGAAUGAGCAGCUUAUAUAAACUGCAGGGAGGAGUGAGUGUCGCGAGUUAUCCGGGUCCACCAGGACCUCCAGGUCCAAAAGGGGAUCCUGGAACAGCGGGAGACCCAGGACCAAUGGGAUUACCAGGACUGGAAGGACUCCCAGGGGAAAAGGGUGACCGUGGACCAGCAGGAGCACCAGGACUGUCAGGGACACCGGGAAAGCCGGGAUCUCCUGGGUCCCCAGGCUUGCCAGGAGAACCUGGUGAAAGAGGACCUAUAGGAGAUAUAGGCUUCCCUGGUCCAGAAGGGCCACAAGGAAAACCAGGAAUCAAUGGAAAAGAUGGAUUGCCAGGUCCUCCGGGUGCUGUGGGGAGACCAGGAGACAGAGGACCCAAAGGAGAACGUGGAGAUCAGGGUAUUCCAGGGGACAGAGGUCCCCAGGGGGAACGAGGGAAGCCUGGCCCGUCAGGAGAAAAGGGGGAUGUGGGUCCUGUUGGCCCUCCAGGAGACAGAGGCUAUCCAGGAUCACCAGGUCAUCAAGGUCCCCCAGGCUCACCAGGACCCCCAGGGUUUCCAGCUGAUGCAAUUUCACUUGAAGAAAUAAAGAAAUAUAUCAAACAAGAGGUUCUUAAGGUAUUUGAAGAAAGGAUGGGUCAAUUUGUAUCCCAGCUGAAGCUGCCUGCUGCAAUGCUUGCCUCCCAGGCUCAUGGAAAACCAGGGCCCCCAGGAAAAGAUGGAUCACCAGGGCCACCAGGAAAGGAUGGUUUGCCAGGGCCACCAGGAGAACGUGGAAUUCAAGUUUGGUCUGCUCUGGAGUCAGAGCAAGUCAGACUGGAAUGAAGAACAUGCCAGCAAAGCUGAAGAUGUGUGGAUCCUAAAGCUAUCAGAAGAAUAAGGACUUACUAACACUGAUAAGCGCAAACCACUGACAGAAGCUUGAAAAAUGUGAUGAGCUCAGAAUGAGAAGAACAAGAAUAAAGCAUCAAGGAAAACAAUAAAAGGCUUAGAAUCUUACAACACUGACUUCAUCGUUACCUAAAUAUUCAGAUCACUGCAAAUAGUCACCUUCAAUGUCAGUGCCAGAUUGUUCAAUGAUGAUGGAUGUACUGGAUAGUCUCAAACACUUCUGGGAAGAGAAACAUUGCACUAGGUUUCAUUUCCAGCUAGUGAGCAUCAAGACUAAAAGAUGAUAGCUAUGCUUGAAAAAUACAAACAAAAAAAAAGCUGCUUUUCCAUAUCUUAUAGUUAAGUAAAAUAGUGCUCCAUGUACGCAGGAUUUCCAUUUAUUUUACCAAUAUGCUCAAUACUUGUUUUUGAUUAGUAAAAGGUAAGCUAAGUGUGAAGCCUUUAAUUCUCUGAUACAUAAAAAGAUACAAAAAUUUACACUUCCAAGGAAAGAAAACCAGAAGUUUACCUUGGUUUUUUUUUUAUACUGUGAAUAAGAGACUGUCCUGUAAGAGGUGCAUAUUUACACACACCCUUCGCACCUUCCUCAGUUGUGCCUGUGCAUGUUACUGCUUUGUGCCAAGAGUAAAAAGAAAAUUCAAAUCUCUGAGCAGAUUGAAAAGUGUCUUUUUAUAUUCCAGCUUGUCUUCAGCCAUAAAAUACAUAGCAAACAAGACUUCUUGGUGAAGCACAUUACGUGCAUGUGUGGCUGAGUCCUUUAAGGUAGCAUGCUGUGUGCACAAGUCCUGAUACAGGCGUGGAAUUGACUGAUAGACACUUCUAAUUCUAUUUUUCACUUGGGGGUAGCCCAGACUGCCAACUCCAGGGAUUUGCUGUGUGCAGUAAUACGUGGCAGAGGGAGUCACUUGUCCCCCACAGGCAGUGAGAAGAAGUGGAUGCUUGUGGCAAGCAAUUAACAGGACCUCUGUGAUAUGUCCUGUUUGUGAUGCUGCAUGCAGAGCCUGCUAGAGCCAGCCAGAUGCUGCUGGGUGUCUGGAGAGGUGUUUAACUUCAUCUGAGGAUUCGCAGGGGUCCCUCCAUACACCUUGAGUGUGGUGCUGGUUCACCUGGAAACUGGUCAGGAAUGAUUUGGCCGGAUUCCAACAGAAUCUCCUUCUGCACAGCAAACUAAUAGGUAGUGGAUUAGUCUCAGAAGCAAAAAAGAUACUAACUUUUGGACUUAUA